CGUAAAUGCAACUUAUCGUCAUCGUCGUCGUCGUAGUUGUACUGCUCUUGUUGUUGAGUGCUUUUAGGAAUAAACAGAGAAGCCCAUCAUUUUGGAGGAAGCAGCUUCAGGGCAAGGUUGUUCUCAUCACAGGAGCCAGUUCUGGUCUAGGAAGAGCUUGUGCACUGGCAUUUCAUCAAGCUGGAUGCCGGCUCAUUCUAUCGGCAAGAAAUUACGAUAGACUAACUAAAACAAAAGAGGCUAUUUUGUCUGAUGGAGGAAAUGAAAGUGAUGUUCAAGUUUUGCAAAUGGAUUUGUCAGAUAUCGAUUCAUUAAACGAGAAAGCUAAGUGUGCAUUAGAGAUGUACAGUCAAGUGGAUGUGCUGGUAAACAAUGGAGGUGUGAGCUCUAGGAGCAGCGUGUUGGACACAAAUAUAGCAGUUGACCAGCAGCUGAUGGCAGUGAACUACUUUGGAGCUGUUGCACUAACCAAGGCACUUCUCCCGCACAUGAUUAGCAAAAGAAGUGGCCACAUUGUUGCGAUCAGCAGCGUACAGGGAAAACUUGCUAUUCCGUUUCGAUCAUCGUAUGCAGCAUCGAAGCAUGCACUGGAGGCAUUCUUUGAAAGUCUUCGAUCUGAAGUUGUUGACUUUGGUGUACACGUGACCUUGAUUUGCCCUGGUUAUAUCAACACACAAUUGUCUGUUAAUGCUGUCACUGGAGAUGGAGCUAAGUAUGGAGUAACCGAUCGAUCUACUCAGCAAGGAAUGUCACCCGAGAUGGUGGCAGCUAAUGUAGUGGCGGCUACUGCAUGUCACAGGGAGGAAUUGCUUCUUACUACAAUUGAUGCAAGAGCUGCAGUGUAUUUACGAACUCUGUGUCCAUUUCUCUUGAGGAAGAUAUUGAGGAGGAGAGCGAGAAAGCAGAAACGUGAACAAGCAGCAAACAGUAAAGCUGAAUGACUAGGCUGUACACGACAUAUAAAAAUAAUUGCGUGAGUGUAGUUUAGCUAUUGCAAAACAUUUACAAACGCAUUUUAGGAUUUGCAUGUUGAGUUGGUUUGUUCUUUUUUGAUAGCUGACUGAACACUACGACUCUGGAGGAAGGAGUCCAGGGUGGGCAUUGCUUUGUAAUUCUUA